UCCCCUUCUUCUCUCUAUCUCCUCUCCACUUUUUUCUCUUUAACCAUUUUUUUUACUGGUUUCUCCUCCAAGAACAUUCUUUCUCUGCAAAUUCGAGUUUUUUGAGAUAAAAUGGAAACAAAAAAUCAAAAAGGUUAUAAAAGAAGGCCUAGAAAAAAGGCUAGGUCAACGGAAGAGGAGCCUGCUUCUGCUGGAGAAGCGGAUAGGUUUCCACAAGCUCAGGAAACAGAAGAAUUGACCUCAUCAGCUCGUGGUUUAGUUAGAGAAGAUGAAAGUGUAGAAGAUGAGGAAUCAAUAGAUCAGGAAGAUAAAAAUGAAAGUGGAAAAGAAAGUGUAGAAGAUGAGGAAUCAACGCAUCAGGAAGGACAAAAUGAAAGUGGAGAAGAAAAUGCAGAAGAUGAGAAAUCAACGGAUCAACAAGAAGAAAAUGAAAGUGGAGAAGAAAGGGAAGAAGAAACAAAUCAUGUACUUUUCGAACAAAGAAAAAAAGUAUUACAUGAUGAGAAUGCUGCCCCUUCAAGAUCAAAUUUUGCUGAUGAUUCUGAUACUGAGAUUCCCGAAUGCAUCAAGUCCAUUGAUCUUACAAAAUAUAGCUUCAAGACACAUUAUUCCGCGCACGGUGAUAUUCCGGGAAAGAUUUUUGUAAAGUCACCUCUAGGAGGAAAAGCAUUUCUUGAAUUUAGAGGACUUCUGGUAGAACAAGGUAUUUUAGAUAGGUUCAAAAAAAGUUGUUUUGGGCAUUUUAUAGAUAUUCCGAUGCAGCGGGUAAAUUUUGGGUCGAUGAUAGUUCGUGGUCUUCUACUCCGACGCAUCAUUUGUCAGAAAAAGAUGGAGUUGUGGUUUGAAUAUGAAAAUAUGCCUGUGUGUUUUGGAUUAAGGGAAUUUGCUUUGAUGACGGGACUACGCUGUCACCCUUUUCCUUCUGAAGAGGCAUUGGCUAGUUGGGUGAAGAAGGGUGAACCAUUAUGGGAAUUUGUUUCCAAGGAAGGAAAAACUGUUACUGCUAACUUCCUCCUUGAAAAGAUCAAAUCACCUGAAACACCAAAAUAUUAUAAGUUUUCACUUGCCUUGGUUUGGUUCUAUCACUGCAUCUUAUGUGCAAGAGAUAUAUCAUCAAGUGUUGAUGCCGACAUGACCAAGCUAGCUUGCCAGCCCUCUGUCUUCAACGAAUAUCCGUGGGGUCUCAAAAGCUAUCUUUUGACUGUUGAGUAUCAUGCAAAACCAAUAAAAUCUGAAUACAACCUCUACGGCUUCCCAUGGGCAUUCCUGGCUUGGGCUUUUGAAGCUAUUCCGAAACUUCAACGAAAUGCUAAGAAUGUUCCCCCUGAGAGGACAUUGCCACGUAUGCUAAGGUGGAUGUCGUAUGGAGGCCUAAAAAAAUCUAUGGAUCCAUUCAGUACCACUGAUGAAAACGUAGUGCACCCUUUCCUGAUUCCUACAAAUGCAGAAAAAAGGGAAAAAUACAUGAAGGACCUUGAGCCAUUUUCCAGUGAGGAAGCCGAUGAAAAAAUUGAUAUGUUAAAAGCAGAAUUGAUUGGGGUGACAACAAUCACAACGGGUGAAGUAGGAGCUAGGGAGGUUGGUGGUGAGGACAGGAUCCCAGUAAGGAGUAGGGCAGAGGAAAGGAGCCCACCAAGGGGUGGGGGUGCAGAAAGAAACACUCCAAGAGGGACGGGUGAUGAAAGGAACCCGCAGAGCCCUUUAGUGAAUGCUGGUGACAGAUUUGUUGGUAGUCCAGUCAACUUUGAUUCUAGUGGUCAGUAUAGUGAAGGAGGAGUUGGUGCAGGAUCUUUUGGUGUUUGUCCUUCAAAUGCGAAGUGCUCCUGUGAAUGUCUCACUUGUGCGGAGAAACAAAGACAAUUGGAACUGAAAAUUUCUAAAAUGGAGGAGGAGUUCAAAGAAAUGGGGAAGUCUGUCAAACAACUUGUAGAAGAAUUAUCUACCUUGAAUAAAAAACUCGAGCCUAGGAGGAUGUUAAGGAAUUCCAAAUACAUAAGAACUCCAUUUACUGCUGGUGCACGUAAAACGAAGAAGAGAAUAAGUGUGACAAAUCUACUGCCUGAUAUUUACAAGCCUCUUGACAUUGAUAAGAGCAAGGAAAGAGUGGAACCAUAAACUAGGGAUGUGUUUGUUGGGAUAAUUUUUGUUGAUAAAUUUGUGGUGGAUCUUUUUGUUACUAUUUCUUGAUAUGGAAGUAUGAUGACUAUUUAUGGAUAAUUUGUAGAAGAUGCUAUGGAUCUUUUUAUGAUGUUUAUAUAUGGUUGUUUACUAAAACAACAUGAAGUU